UCCAAGUGGGCCGCGGCGGUGGAGCACCGAGCCCGAGGCCGAGGCCUGCUCAUGAAGCAGCGGGACGCGGCCCCGGCCGAGCGGGGCAAACCGGCCACCUACACCGGCGACAAGAAGGCGAAGAUGGCCGCCAAGACCAACAAGAAGUGGGUCCGGCUGGCCACCGUGUUCGCCUACGUGCUGUCCGUGUCGCUGGCCGCCAUCGUGCUGGCCGUCUACUACAGCCUCUUCUGGAAGCCCGUGCGGGCCUUCGGGGCCCCGGGGGCGGCCGGCGGCCUGGCCUCCGGCGGCUCCAACGCCUCCCUGCCGCUGACCAACGCCUCCCUGCCGCUGACCAACGCCACCGUCCCGCCGCCGACCCCCGAGCCCUCUGUCCCGCCGUCCCCCCGGGCCUCGUCCACGGGGACCCCCGGCGGGACCCCCGGCGGGACCCCCGGCGGGACCCCCGGCUGGACUCCCGGCUGGACCCCCGAAUUCCAGCCCGUCCAGACGCCCGGCCCGGAGCAGGGGCUGGGGCAAGAAGCGCUGACCACCCCCGGGAGCCGCUGAGAUCCCCCCGGACAGGGAGACGGGAGGACCUUACCCCCCCCCCACACCACCACCACCAACACCGGUGGCAGGUGUCCGUCCUUGCCCCGGGGUCCGUUUCACCCUGCCCCGUCCCGGGCUGAGGGGUCCCGAGACCCUCUCGUGGCUCUCGGGCUCCACGACUGCGAUGGUCCCAGCGGCCGGACCCCAAGGGGAGUGGGGGAGACCCUGAACCCCUUCCAUCUUGAGCAUCUUGGCCGUCCCACUCGUUUGCCCCCCCGCCUUGCUCCCAGACUCGGGGUGGGGGAGUUGUUUUUAAAAAGGAGAAGGUCUUAAGGAAGUAGGGCGCACAGAAGUGCUGGAGCCCGGGUACGUCAGCCAAGUUGCAAAGGGCCACGGCAUCGUUGACCAUCCCGACCCGCCUAGGUAGUUGUCAACGUGUGCACUUGGGAGCGAGCUGUAACUACACAGCACGAUGGAUAUUCCCUCCCUCUCUGGAUAGGUACCACUGGUGUCUAGUAAGGGCUAUCGCUCAGAAGUGGGCGGCCAGCCAGAGGGCCGCAGCGUUCCUCGUCCGGGGAACGGACUCGUUCGACGUCCCCUCCCGUCCUCCGCCUUCCUUCCAGCCCUAUGAAGAUUUACCUUCAAUGCAAAUGUGGAUUGGACUGGUUCUUAGACUUCUUGGCAUUGCAGCAGAAAACCCCAAAAGCCAUUCGGAGUGGGAAGAUACUGACCAGUCACCCUUCAUCCUCUGAAGGAUUCCCGUUGACCCUUCUACUCGUUGGACUGUGUCCAGGGCAGAAGGAAAGCAAGAACAGGGUGUAUGCUCUUUGAUCCUUAACCUUCCCCGUCAAGGGGGUGUAUUUAGGCACAAGAGUGGGUUGGCGAGUAUUCUUUUCUGUCUCCUUCCUGCUGCUCUUCGAGGUUUUGUCUGUGUUCUGGUUCUCUCUCCUCUCAUCGAGCCUCGCCUCACCCCGGCUUGAUUUUGGGGGUUUCAAGUCUAAACUUUCAGGUCGGGACUAGAUCGGUUCUGGGUGAAACAAGAGCCAGGCCAGAGGGCUUGGGAGUCGUCCCGAGCGAGGGAGGGAUGUUUGGGUACAAAUAGCGUGGGAACCGAGCACGUGAACGGUCACCACUGGCAUCGCCUCCCCGUCUCUGGCCCCGCACGUUCUUCCUUUUCGGGGUUGCAAAAGCUAAUUUGAAGCUGCCCUGUAGCAGAGCUGAAUUUCCCCUCCCUCUAGUUUCUAAUCUCCUCCGCACUAGCUUGACCAGAGCAGGGCACCCCUCUGCCGAGCGUGACAAUCUCCACCCGUGUCAACCAACGUUGCAUUCCCACUGCCUUCAGGGCCACUCCUCGUCGGACUGGUGACCCCUGAGAUAUCCCAGCCGCCGGCCCCGGGGCCCUCUUCUCUGAGCACAGAGCCGUAGCAACCAUAAACUUGCUAAAGGGACUGUCUUGAUCUGAGCACAAAGCCGUAGCAACUUGCUAAAGGGACCUUUUUUUUUGUUUAUCUGUUUGUUCUCUUACCCACAAUUGUAUUUACUAGGUGACGCUCUAGUCCUAUAUCUCAGUAAGCCUGUGUAAACCUGUUGUGGUUUCGAAAACCCUCGGACACCCAAGAGACUGUCUGGGACUCCCCUGGGUUUGUCGACCGACAGGAUCCAGGUCGGGGUCGUAAAAGCCGGGGAGACCACCCCGGCUGCGGCCCCACCCCUUGCUCUCUAGCUGUCGCUGGACCCCAGCUCUAGAUGUGAAUGUGACGAGAGACCUUAUUUAUAAUUCAGCCGUUUAAGAUAGACUGUACUCAAAGCCCUGUCUAUUUUUUUAAAGUUUUAUUUUUCAGGUGAACUAAAAUACAUUCUAAGAACUCUGCUUUA